GUGCCGCAAGCGCUCCAGCGGGGAGAGGACGGGCGCGCCGCGCGGAGCAGCCAUGAAGCCCAGCGCGGGGCGCGGGGCGGCCGCCGGCGGUGCCGACGACCCCUGGAAGGAGUGCGUGGAGGUGGCGGUGCAGCUGGCGCUCCGGGCGGGACAGAUUAUUCAAAAGGCUCUCACUGAGGAAAAGCAGGUGUCCACCAAAACAUCUGCAGCAGACCUUGUGACAGAAACUGAUCACUUCGUGGAAAAUUUAAUUGUUUCUGCUCUGAAAGAAAAGUUUCCCACCCACAGCUUUAUUGCGGAAGAAGCUGCUGCCGCCGGUUCGAAGUGUAUACUCAAUGACGGUCCUACGUGGAUUAUUGAUCCUGUUGAUGGUACCUGCAAUUUUGUACAUAGGUUUCCUACUGUGGCUGUUAGCAUUGGAUUUGCUGUUAACCAAGAGCUUGAAUUUGGUGUAAUUUAUCACUGCACUGAAGAGCGAUUAUACACGGGUAGAAGAGGUCAAGGGGCAUAUUGUAAUGACAAAAGGCUUCAGGUAUCAAAAGUGACAGAUAUUUCAAAGGCUUUGAUUUUAACUGAGAUCGGUCCUAAACGAGAUCCUGACACUUUGAAACUAUUUCUCAGUAACAUGGAGCGAUUACUCAGAGCCCAAGCUCACGGGGUCCGUGUAAUUGGAAGCGCUACCUUGGCACUCUGCCAUCUAGCGUCUGGUGCUGCAGAUGCAUAUUACCAGUUUGGUUUGCACUGCUGGGAUUUGGCAGCAGCAACUGUUAUUAUCAGAGAGGCAGGUGGUGUUGUGAUGGAUACUUCAGGUAAGCAAAUGCAUUUUUCAGGAGGAGGGAGUAUGGACGUCGUGCUCAGAACGUCGUGCAUGACACUGCUUUCUGCCUUCUCAUACAUGACAGGCAUGCUUUGGAUACUCUGGAUUGCAAUAUCAGUGGCAGAGUCAUCCAUUGUUUCAGGGAGGUUGAAUGCUGAAAGACAAGGGAAAAUGAAGUUUUGGAAAUGAGGAGGAGACAUAAGGUUCUGUCUGUAGUUAUAUAUGCAAGGUUUCUCCAGCUGAUUUUCACUUACUGUCUCCCCCCUCCCAUAUCCAAGGCCUUUCUGUAGGAGCUGCACAGAGAGCAGAGGAUAAAAAGGCUUAUUUGUAUGAGACUUUUCCCUUUAUUCUCUAGUUCAAAUGAACAGCCUCAAAAACUUUUCUAUUGCUACGAUUCCUGUAAUCUUGCAACCAGCACCAGCUCUUAAAUUUGCUGUGGGUUGUUGUCCAGGAAGCGCUGCUUGCUCCUUUAUUCCAAAGAAAUGCAGCCAACAUAUUAAACAAAUGAUUUGAGUUUGCCACAUAGGCAAAAGGUCUUACAUUAUUUUGAACAUUACGUUUUUAAGAUGCUCUUUUCCUUUCAUAGGUGGACCUCUAGACCUAAUGUCAUGCCGUGUGAUUGCAGCAGGUACCCAGGAGAUGGCCUCAUUCAUAGCUCAGGAAAUACAGACUAUUCACUAUAGGCGAGAUGACGAGAACUGACCACACUUAAAAUACUUCUCAAAAUAACAUGACACCUCUCCUUUUGGACCUGUUUCACUUCCUUCGCAAUGGAUGGUUUAUAGGGUAAAUUGUUUAGGUGUGUGUGCUUUUACAGUCUAUAUAGCAACAGUAUUACAAAAAGGUUUUACUGGCAUUAUAGGAAGGUGGAGGGAAACUUUUUAAUUUUUGUAAGCUUCUUGGUACCUUUUAAAUGAGAAUGUAUUUCAACUAUGCUUUUUAAUGUCACGGGCAUCCCAGACUGAGUGUGUUUGUUGCCUCUUUAAUGCUUAAGUGGAGGGGUAUCUUUUGUUAACAUAUACAACUAGAAGCAAAACUGUUUUUUCAGAUCUCAGGUAGUUUUUUGUUCCACAAAAAGGGACAAGAAGUUUUAAACUGUGUGCCUAAAGUACCUUCCUCCAACAGUACUUGAGAAAAAGUGUUGUUCUUCUUUUUCUAAAUUUAAAAGUACAUGUAUUGAACAAAUCUUUAGAUAAGUACAUUCAUUUCCAUGGUACACACAAGCAUGGUGAUGGUGUGUAUCCUUGAACUCUGUUUUAUGCUUGUAUAAGUAGUAAUGUAAAUUUGUACUAUUAAUGCUCAUCAAAAGAUGAAAAGCUGUAUUUUUCCAAAAUUCAAAAUUAAUCAGCUUCAAACAGCAGAAUUUUAGCAGAUGUUGAGAAGUGACCGGAAACAUUCAUAUGACACAAGAAUUCACUAUGAUGCAAUAGUGUGAUUACUUUAGUUUACAUAUUAGCACUGCGUGUGACACUAACUUAUUACCUAGUGUAUAAUCCUGUGCUUGCAGCUGAAGAGUACCAUAGACAAUCUGGCCACUGCCACACUUGCUUCAUUGCUGUGGAAGGAGGAUUCUAUCAGGAUAUGUUGGACUCUUGCAGAGUUUUACAGGGCUGGUCACUGGUAUUAGUUGAGUUGUACUUUCCAGCUUCACACUAUGAUGAUGUACUGAAAGGAGCCAUCCAACCAAUAUUCUGAAAAUGGUGGUGGAUUUUCUUCCUUGACAGCCCUCAUUCAAUUUUAGUAAGAACUAGGCUAUCAAAUUCUGGAAACCAAAAGAGACAUAACCUAAGCUUGUUCUCGCAAGCAGCAGAUAAGGUGCUAAACUUUUCUGUGGACUGUACCGCUGGGGCUGCAAAUAGAAUCUUGUAUGAUUGAAUGCUUCUUCAUACCAAUAGCAUUAAAAUCCCUCAAGUUAAAAAGCCAGUGUUUCUGGGAGAACGGCUUUGCCUUUCCCCUGCCAAUUUUGUGCAUGCAGAGUUUUCAUUUGGGGUCACGAAAGUGGUAGAACAUUCAGUCAACCUGAACCCAUACCCCCAGUGUCAAACAGUAAUGGCCAGGAAGGACUGCCUGCUCAUCAGCUGUUAGAACUGAUAUAAACCUGCAGUUCUCCACAGUAAAUAUGGGGAUGGAAUACUGAUUUCGGCAUCCUGUCCAGAUCAUAGACAUCAAUCCCAUCUUAUGUAGAUGGCCUCUCAUGACAAUCUUCCUGUCUUAAAACACACAUAAAGCACCAUUAAAACUAAUGAUCCUUUUAAGUAAGUCUAUUCUGUACAGUAUUAAGAUUUAAGACUGAGCCAGUUGCACCAAUCUAGGGCUACAAAGUUCCUGUCACCAUUUCCUCCCAAGAAAUAUUAUCCUUCCUCUUGCUGCAUAGAUAGACCUCUCCUUUUUCUGAGAAUGUGUUCAUCUUCUAUUUGGCUAGGUGUGUCUUUAAUGCAAGAUAAAGGAGGGCACAAAGAACAUGAAUGAGUGAAAGCUGUAUCAUGCUUUGAGUAUAUCCGUGUUUGAACUAAAAAAAGCAACAUGCAACUAUUAUAAUUAAAUAGCUUAUACUAAGGGUUUUUAAUGAGCACUGCUACAGGAAUUUAGCCUUUGUAUGGCAGUGUUUUUGAUUAUGGUGAUAAAGGGACUGCUACAUGAGUGCUGCUUCUACCAUACAGCUCCAGUGUGGGAACUAAUCCUUUCAUUGGUAUAAGUCAUACAUUGAAAUUCAGCCAUAAGAUAGAAGCAUUGUUGCUCAUUGUUAAUUGCUUAUAAAAAUACACAGGUGCCUAUGAAUUGCUCCCUUGGAACUAUUCCACAUAGUAAUGGCAAUGAACGUGUCAUCUUUGUAAAAUACCCAAUUUUUCCAAGUACGAAUUGUUGUGAUUUGAGUGCUGGGAAAAUGUGGGAUCUCCAGCAGAAGUGAAAUCUUGAAGAAAGACCUGAAGAAUGUGCACAACAAGAAAGUAUUUUUUGUGCAAUUAGCCAGUUAUGCAGAAAUGUCCUAAAAGUGCAGAAUCAAAAGAAUUGACUAUUCAUAUGUUUAUGACCUCACUGAUCUCAACAUGAGUCAGGCUUUUGAUUUCAGUAUAGUCUCUUGUGUAUUGAUGAUGAUCAAUGUUCAUCAUUGAUGAUUAACUUAAUUGUUCAAUGUUUAAAAAUUCACUUUAUACUUGAACAUUGGUCAUAGUAAUUUGCCUUCAGACUCAAAACACUGACAACUGCUCUUCUGCUUCUGGCCAUUUGCCAGCUAUAGGGGAGUGGGCAAAAACCACAACAAGUUACGUUCAUUCUUGUUAAUUCUUGUUUUCCCUUAUGACUGGAAAAUCUUUUACUUCUUAAUUUCUUACCAUUCUGUGAUCAUUAAAAUGCUAGCCCCUUAGUUUGAAAAGAACUUUGUGAGUUUGCCACUAGAACACUUAAAUGUCUGAAACAACUGAUGUGCCAAUAAACAAUUAGUGUAUCAUCAUAAACCAUAA